UCACGUUUCCUCGAGACAAAUAGCAUCGCUUUAGGAUGCUGAACAAGGUACUGCUGUCGCAUCAGGACCAGAAGUCUGAAUGGGAUGGGGACGAUAAAAGAGAUCUGGAGCUGAGAAAAAUGCGUUGCGUCUGAGAGAAAUCCUGUUCUGUAUCUGAGAGGUCUUAGAGCAAACCAGCCAGGAACCUGACAUCAAAAGAAUGCACACAAGAUGUAAAUGGAGAAGCAGAAGUGUCAAGAAGAAAAWCAGGACAUCUGCACGGCUGCAAACCGCAUUUGCGUUAAAAGGCAAACAACAACAUCCCAUCACUUUCCUCUAAUGCAAUCCAUAACUGACAAUUAAUGUCAAGCAGCACUUCGGUGCAGCAUUAUGCUGCCUUGCUGGAAGGAACACUGCUAAUGGAAAGAAAACCUUAUAAGAUUCAAUGCAUUAAAUACAUAUAAAUGCAGCAGAAUGCCUUCAAAAGUCUCAUGCUUGUACGUGUUGACAGUCGUUUGCUGGGCAAGUGCUCUUUGGUACUUGGGUAUAUCCCGGCCGACAUCCUCCUAUGUCAGUGGGCAGAUGUCUUUGCCGAUCCGGAAGACUGUGAAAACCGUUAAGAACACUACGUUCAGCAACAUCCGGACGCGAACGCUGAACCCCCACGCCUUCGACUUUGUCAUCAACGAGCCUAAGAAAUGUGAGACCAACACGCCCUUCCUGGUCAUCCUGAUCAGCACCACACACAAAGACUUUGAUGCUCGUCAGGCCAUCCGGGAGACCUGGGGCGAUGAGAGCACCUACAGCGACAUCCGCAUCAUCACCCUCUUCCUGCUGGGCCGCAACACGGACGCCGUCCUCAACCAGAUGGUAGAACAGGAGAGCCAGAUCUUCCACGACAUUGUGGUGGAGGACUUCAUAGACUCGUACCACAACCUCACCCUCAAGACCCUGAUGGGCAUGCGCUGGGUGGCCACCUUCUGCUCCCAGGCCCAGUACGUCAUGAAGACAGACAGRGACAURUUCGUCAACAUGGACAAUCUGGUCUACAAGCUUCUGAAGCCCACCACCAAGCCCAAGAGGAGGUACUUCACGGGCUACGUCAUCAACGGWGGUCCCAUCAGAGACAUGCGCAGUAAGUGGUACAUGCCCAGAGACCUGUACCCCGAGGCUAAGUACCCCCCAUUCUGCUCGGGAACGGGGUACGUGUUCUCAGUGGACGUGGCUGAGCUGAUCUAUAAGACCUCUCUGCACACCAGACUGCUCCACCUGGAGGAUGUGUACGUGGGACUGUGUCUGAGGAAGCUAGGCAUCCAUCCCUAUCAGAACAGUGGCUUCAAUCACUGGAAAAUGGCCUACAGCCUGUGCAGGUACCGUCGUGUUAUCACUGUCCAUCAGAUCUCACCGGAAGAAAUGCACCGAAUCUGGAACGACAUGUCAAGCAAGAAACACCUCAGAUGCUAGUGGCACCUGAGGACAACUCAACUUGGACUCUUCUUCAUUUUCUGACAGCAUUAGUUCUCUGUAGGCUACUAGCAUACUACUGAAUCCACUCUGUAGCUGUUGGGUGCAUGAAGCUUGUAAAGCGCAUGUUCUCAUUCAAACACACACUAAAAUAGUCUUGUUGCUAGUCAUUUUGUUAUCUGUCUAGAAUUCCAACUAUAGACUUCACAAACUCAUGUUGAUGAACAUUUACUCUCUAAUGUACAUUUUUUAAAGUAACAUUUACAAGUGAAACCAGAGUUAUUAUUGAAGGAAAAAACAAUUUAUUUGUCAGUGUAAAUCUAUCUACUUUAUGCCAAGUUCUCAUGCUGUUUUGGGGGAUGCCGGUAUUUCCUUACAGUGGGACAAAGCCUCACCCACAUAUUGUCUCAUCCCUCCUACCAAUCUAAUGGCUGGUCAACUACUGUACACACAAUAAUACAUACAAUUUGAAAUGGCAAAUAACGCUGCAACAAUGACAACAAACGUAGACCAAGUGUGAAUGUUGUUGGUUGUUUUCAUAUAGUUGCUAUUUAUUAAGAAAUGAAGACAUCUCUGCUGGAUGUACUUCAACACUAUUGGUAGUGAUGUUCACUACUGCAGUGUUCAAAACUACAUGUGGGUAAACAGAUGCUAUACAUUUUUAUUUGCCUGGGUAUUUUUUGUUUAAAUAUCGGUGUAAAUGUAGGCUACCUGCCACUUCUUCGGGAAAGAAACAUUUCGAUGUCAUUCAUAUAUUUUUUUCCUUACGGUGUACUUUAAGUAAUUAACGGUUUCAUGCUACAGGCUUCUGAUAAAACUGUCUUCUAUUACUUUAUACUGUACGUAGAGAGCUGAUUCAUUAACAAUUCAUUACCGCUACCAAGUCUCAACAGGCAUAAAUAUCAUCUUGUGCAAGUGACAAUUUACAUAGUAACAACUAUCUACAUUCACAAAUGAAUGUAUUAUCAUGUCUAUUUGGCAUAUCUUUACUGAAGUACUGCUAUUGAAGUAAUGUGAAAUAGUUAUAUUUUCUAGAACUUGGAUGGCUGUUAUGGUCCAAAUGUAAUUCAAGUAUUUUUUUUAAAGUCUAGUAUGAUACUGAACAAAAAUAGAAACGCAACA